AUGCGAUUUGACUUCACGGAGUCUGUGACACCUCCUGCUGCACCUGAAGAUAGACCUGAGAAAGACCCAGGUCCCUGGAAGGAACCAGUCCCUUCACACCCUGUAAAUCAUGUCCAUCGAAAUGAGCUGGAACCUGGAGACAGCUCAACUCUCCAGGAAAAUCCUGAAUCUCCCUCUGUGCCUCCUGACGGCAAACACUCUCUCCUUCAGUUUGCCAUCUUGCACUUCCGCGAGGGAGAGAAGUCCGUGUCAGAGAUCAUUCGAUCGGUGGAUGGGUCUGUUCAGGGUAGUCUACGAGCGAUUGAAUUGAAGAACAAGAGAAAUAAACACAAGAAAGGAAAAGAGUCAGACUGGACAUGGAAGGAGACUGUGGAUAUGGUGAAAUUCACGAGCUCACCAAUUGAGCGAUCCCUCCUCAAGUUGGACUCUGAGCUGAACAAAUUAGCCAUGGCAUGCUUUCUGUCCAUUAUGAAUUACAUGGGAGAUUACCCCAUGGAAAAAGGGAAGACUGAGGUGGACUGUGUCUACAAUCUCCUUAUGAAUUGCCACAAAUAUGCGCAACUGAGAGAUGAAGUGUACUGUCAAGUCAUGAAGCAGACAACAAAUAACAAGUCUCCAAAACCUGAAUCUUGUCAGAGGGGUUGGAGAUUGUUCUCUAUUUUGGCUGCAUACUUCACUUGUUCAGACCUACUGAAGCCCUAUCUCUUCAAGUAUCUUGAGAAUGUUGCCUAUGACAAGAGGAGAGCCUAUCAUGGAACUGCCUUGGUGUGUCUGCAAAAUCUUCGGAAGACAUUCCGGUAUGGUGGGCGCAAGAAUGUGCCCAGCAUUGAGGAGAUCACAGCUAUAACAGCUGGACGCAAUUCCAAACGGCAGAUUUACCGCCUCCCUGGUGGCACUGAGAGGGUCAUCAACACCAAAUCUACUACAGUAGUUCAGGACAUAAUAGAGGAGAUCUGCGGGAUCCUGAACAUUCACAAUCCAGACGAAAUGGAGGAAUACUCACUUUACUGCAUUGUGGAAGGUGAUACAUUCACUAUGCCCCUGGCCCGGGAUGAAUAUAUUCUUGAUGUUACCACAGAACUCCACAAGAACCAACAGGUGUUCUACUUGAUUUUCUGUCGAUCGGUGUGGCACUUCCCACUACGGCCAGAUAACCAGCUGUACAUUGAACUAGUCUUCAAUCAGAUUGCCCCUGAUUACCUGGAAGGACUGCUGCUGGUCAUGCCUGGUGAAACACUUCAACAGGACUUUGUUUAUGACAUUUCUAAGGUGGCAGCCCUACUGCAUCGAGCUGCAGACAUGGAUUACCUGCCAGCCCUGAAGGAGACUAAAUAUCUUCUGCCAAAGCCAGCCCUAACUGUCAGGGAUGUGAAGCCUCCACAAUGGGUGCAUCUUGUUCAGUCAGCAUGGAAUGAGGUUCAAGAGAUGACACCCAUGAAUGCCAAGGCUCAAGUUCUUGAGAUUCUUCAGAAGUGGCCUUUGUUUGGCUCCAGCUUCUUUGCCAUCAAGCGAGUGGCUGAUCCUCGAGAAAAGAGUGAGUACAUAUUGGCCCUCAACAAGCAAGGUGUGCAUUUCCUUGACCUGGUCACUCACGAGACCUUGAUUCAUUAUCCAUAUUCGGAGGUGAUAUCGACCCGAAAGGUGAAGGCUGAGGAUGGGACCAUGUACUUAGAUAUGAAAUGCGGCAAUCUGAUGCAGCAGAGGGUGACUCGAAUUCAGACAGAUCAAGCUCACGAAAUCUCCCGUCUCAUUCGUCAGUACAUCACGAUUGAGCAGAAGAUGAAUGGUACAUCUGCCCGGGAGAGGUGAGAUGGAGACCUUUCAUGAUUCGAUGAACUUGCUCAAUUUUUGCCAAUACCAUCCUUGGACCUUCUGUGUGAUCCCUCUUUCUGUCUUGUGGACAUCGGCUUGUUCUCAAUGUGAGCCCCAUCCAUGGGCUCAAAGCGAAGGAUGGAAAAUCGCUGAUCCUUUCUGUUGUGUACAGGUCUCUAUUCAUAUUUUGUGCUGGACACUGUUAUGCAACAAAUCAUGACUUCUGUCCGUCGUAUCAGCCUGCAUUUCUAUAAGAUGAAUUCCUUAUUUCUAAUUAUAAGUAUUUGACUCUGAAUCAAAAGGAAUGUCUUUUAUCUUGACAUCAUUUAUUUACUUCCAAGCAUUGAAAUAUCUAGACAAGGAAUGAGUGUGUGAUCAUGAAUGAUAUUUAGAGGUAUUUGCUCAUUCCUCGACGUGCUGCCUGCUCACCUUUGUGCUCCUUUU